AUGCAGGCACAUGUGAAACAGGAGCCUGGCUGUCUCGUACCCAAACACCCAUCAGACACACGAUGGUCUGCUCGAGCUGAUGCUACCGAAGCUUUGUUUCGUGGCUAUACCCACUUCCAAAGUGCUCUCGAAGAGAUCUCAGCAGAUAGCAGUCAGAAUGGGGACACCAGAAAUGAUGCGAACUCUUUGGCGGAAAAGAUGGAUACCAUAGAAGUUGCCAUUAUGUGUGAACUGUGGAAUGAUAUUUUGAAACGCUUUGACUGUUGCAGCAAAAUGUUGCAAAAUGCCACCAUAGAAUUAACCCCGGCUAUCGGUCUAUUGAAGAGUUUGAUUGAGUUCCUUGAUGAGCGCAGAGAAACAUUCGAUUUAUAUGAGCAGCGAGCAGCUGAGCGUGUCGGGAACAGCACUUACAGAUCAGAUAUUCGGAGGGUACUGAAGCGUAAAAAGCGUGUCGAUGAUGGAAAUACUACCGAUGCCACAGAUAUGAUGACAGGCAAACAAAAAUUCAAAGUUAAUACAUUCUAUGUUAUUAUCUAUUAA